AUGAGUAACAUGCAACCGGAAGAGUACGAAAAUACGGGUUGGCUGUCGUACUUUAGCCGACACAAGACAACCUACACUGCGUCCGACAUUCACAAGAUAAGCAACGAGCUGAACAAUGUGCGCAAAAACUUGACCGCCACACAGUACGCGUACGGUGAGCUGAGUAGUGAGCUGAAGGCCCUGAAGAGCCUGCAGGAGCAGCAACGCUUGGUGGACGAGUACGAGCAGCGUGCUGCCAGUAGUAGUAGCAAAGGGGCUAAAUCUACCGAGAAGCGAUUGAAAGAGCAGGCAGACGAAAUCAAGAGUCUCAAGAGCGAUCUGGCCAGCUGUCGCAAUGAGCUGUCCAAACAGAUCACUGCCGUGAAGGUGGCGAUUAGCGAACAGAGCAAGAAGAAGGCACUUUCCGGUAGUGGCAAAUCUUCCGCCGGAAAUGCGGGCAUAACCUUGAGCCUGGAAAGCCGCAUCAUCGCUGCCGAGGUACAACUUGAUCAGCUGGUAGCCGGACAGACAACUGAUCGGUUAAGUGCCUUGGAGCAGAAAGUGGGCCAGCUGGAACAGACACGUGCAGGCGGCGGCGACUACGAGUCACGGUUGAAUGCAAUUGAGCGGGAUUUCACACGCAAGCUGCAGGAUCUGACUGAUCUUGUGGUGGAGCUGCAGCGCAAGCUAGCCAAGAGCGAGGCCAAACAGGUGGAAAUGGUGCAACGACUGUCUGCCGCUCAAACUACACUGUAUGAACAGUUGGAACAUCGGUAUGACGAACAGUGUGGGAAGCUGCGAGAACUCCAGGUUCGACUCAAACACCUUGGGCAGAAUGAUGAUAUUGAUUCGACGUUUGUUUGAGUGGCAAGUGACCGAACACUUUGCUGCCAACGAAGCGCUUGCCCAUCAUCACCAUGACGAUCUAGUGCACCAUCAUUCGGAUGCACUGCUGCACAGCCUAGCGAGUACCGAUCAUUCACUUUUGCAUCAUGACCUUCAUCACGAUC